CCCGCUCAGAGAGCCUUCUACUGCUAUGUCAUGCAGGAGAACUAUGAGACGAUGGUCUUGCUGGGCCAGAGAAUAACAUCCAUGUUUCGCUGCAAAUCAUCUCGUCCUCCCAGGGGCAAGGAAAUGGCUGCAAUGGAGCUGGCUCAGGGGCCGGUGACCUUUGAGGAGGUGGCUGUGUAUUUCUCCAGGGAAGAGGGGACUCUGCUGGACCCCACUCAGAGAGCCCUCUAUAGGGAUGUCAUGCAGGAGAACUAUGAGACGGUGGUCUUGCUGGCAUCACCCCAAUAGGCCAGUGACACACAUACUACCAGAGACCCUCCUCUGCUGCAGAACACUUUGGGAACAGAGCACAGGAGCAGCAUCACACAAUGUCAAAUAUCUCCUCUUUACUCAAGUAAAACUGGGGGUUAUGUCCAGCAUAAUGAACAGAAGCUUCCUACCCCCAGCCUUCUCUCAAACCCUGAGCCUUCUCUACCCAAACCAGAAUGUGCUUGGGGUGUAACAAGCAGACGGCUGGAAUCAGAGCUGCCGGUCCAGGGUUACUUAUCAUACAGACACUCAGUCCGUCCUUGAACGCUGGCUGGGAGUAUCCAGACAGGG